AUGUCUGAUAUCGACACAAGAUCACUUAGACAAUGCGUUGGUGCCAUUGUAUUCAAUGAGCAGGGACAUAUAUUACUUGGCAAAAGGUCCGCCAACAAGAAGUCUGCCAUUGGUAAGGUACGCUACGACAAUUGGCAGUGUCCUCAAGGUGGAGUAGAGGAGGGAGAGGAUAGACACAAGGCUGUGCUGAGAGAGUUGAAUGAAGAGGUUGGCCUACUGGCCGACUAUGUUAGGUAUGUGAGUGUGAUCGCCGAUCCACUUGUAUACUUGCACACGGACAAGGAAAGUAAGAAUCGUGGCCAAUCUAUAACUUGGUUCUUCUUCUAUAUGCCAUCGGCACAGAUCAUCCAGUGCAGGUUGGACAAUGAGCCAGAACCAGAGUUUGACGAGUUGGCGUGGCGUCCAUUCAGCGAUCUGACCAACGAGCAACUGGGCGUCAACUUCAAAGUGGACAUGUACCAGCAGCUCCUUGAACUUUCGUCCAAGCCCAUCGACAUAAUACAAGAACACUUGGCUUCCAUGCGGUAG